UGUCGUCGCGGUCCUGGGCGGGCCAGCGCGGAGGGUCGGCAGGGUCCGCAGCAGCGCGGCGCCGAGCUUGUUGUUGGCGCCGCGAGCCGCCGCGCCGAGACGCGCCUAUAAGUAGCCGCGGCGCCGGCGCAGGCGCUCACACCUCGAUAACAAACCACGCGGUCAUCAUCUCGCUCGCUCGCUCCCCCUCUCGCUCGCUCCCCGUGUCUCGCUCGCGCUCUCGCUCGCUCGCACCCUCCCCCGACGCUCCCCGAUGCUGCGCGACGCCGCCGCGCUCGGUCACCUGGACCUCCGCUGCCGCCGGCUCGCCUUCUACGCCUGGCUCAUCCUCUUCGUGUUCGGCUCGGCCCUAUGAGUAUGAGAAGUUGGUCGGCGCGCGUUACGCAACCCAAAGACAGCAGCGGCAGCGGCAGCAGCAGCAGUAGCAGCGGCAGUAGCAGCGGUAGCAGCAGCAGCGCACAGUAGCAGCGACCAACCAGCGAGGAGCAACGCCUCCCCUCCUGCACCGGGCGUCCUGGGCGCGUCCCAAAGGCGGGUGCCACGCAGCCAGGCGAGAGCCACCCUGGCAGAUCAGUCCUAGCCCGGGCGCACCUCCGUGUCGACGUGUAUACCGCACCAGCCGACGGAUAGCGCCACCGGCACCUCCCCGUCGACGGCCACCUCUCGUCGGCGCCGCAGUGCGUCGUUCUCCCUAGUGUUUGUGACUAUGUGCCCCGGCGGUCGCCUCCAGUAGGUGCCGUCGGCUCCCCCAGCGCCUUCGCCGAGUAGUGCACCAGCAACGACAUUACCUCCACCUCCGCCGCCGUCGCCACCAUGGCGAACGCCACCGUCCUGCCCCUGCCCCGGCAUCCCGUCGGCGGCCUCCUCGCCCAGCCACUCGAGGGCCUCGGCCGCAUGUUCUACAUGGUGGAGCCCGAGCUCACCACGUACAAGACACCCGAGGAGGUGCCCUUCUUCUUCAGACAGGCCUGGCCGUACUUCCUGGCCUUCAUCGUGCUGGAGAACCUCGUGCUCUGGCUGGAGCACAAGCCGCUCUCGCGCCUCAACGACUCGCUCACGUCCAUCUCGCACGGCAUCUUCCAGGAGUGCGGCAGACUGGUGUUCCGAGGCGCCGAGCAUUGGAUGUACAUCUACAUCUACGAGAACUUCAGGCUGGCCGAGCUGCCCUGGGACUCGGCCAUUACCUGGUACCUGGCCCUGGUGGGCGUGGACUUCUGCUACUACUGGGUCCACCGCGCCAGCCACGAGGUGCACAUCCUGUGGGCGCAACACCAGGUGCACCACAGCUCCGAGGACUACAACCUGGCCGUCGGCCUGCGCCAGUCUCUACUGCAAGGAUGGUGCGGAUUUGUGUUCUACCUCCCCAUGGCGCUGAUCGUGCCCCCGGCGCACUUCCUCACCCACCAGCAGUUCAACCUGCUGUAUCAGUUCUGGAUCCACACCGAGACGGUCCAGACGCUGGGCCCGCUGGAGUGGGUGUUCAACACGCCCAAGCACCACCGCGUGCACCACGGCUCCAACCUGUACUGCCUGGACAAGAACUACGGCGGUUUCCUCAUCAUCUGGGACCGCCUGUUCGGGACCUUCGCCGAGGAGCGACCCAAGGAGGAGACGGUCUACGGCCUCGUCUUCAACCAGCCCUCCUUCAACCCCUUCUACCUCCAGAUCUUCUACAACAAGAACGUGAUCAACAAGGUCCGCGCGAUGAACGGCUGGAAGAACAAGGUGUCCGCUGUCGUCAAGGGUCCCAGCUGGCUGCCGGGCCGACCCUGGACGGGCGCCGAGGAGGACAAGAUUGACGUAAGUCGCAAAGCUCGCACGUGUACUCUGGGGACACGCCCCUAUUAUUCUUUUUUUGUUAGGGUGUUAGGCACACUGACCUCGACUGCCACACCCCCAUGGGGCCGUUCAGAAACCCCGUGGACAAGAGGGGGUACAAAUAAUGUGGGGUUCCAAAAUGGCCAAGACGGUAAUUAGAGUCCAAGGAGGCCA